GUCGAAUGUUCCUCGCUUGAGCGUCCCGAGAGCGGAGUCCGGUCCGCGCUGCUUCUCCCGCCGAAGUCCGCGACUGCCCGCUCAAUUCAGAACACCAUGGAGUAGAGUUCUUCCAACUUGAGCGUUUGUUCUUUGGGUAACCAUGUUGAAACAAGCUCUUAAAUCUGGACCGCUUCCUGGAUCUGCCUCUCAUCGUGAUCCCAGUCUUGGAGAGCCAUGCCCGGAUCUCCCUCUAAGGCAGCGGAUUCUCAAAGGGUUCUUCCGGAGAGAUGUUUUAUUCGGCAGUGCUUUGCUAAUCAGGCUGGGCCUGACGUUUUACGGGAUCUACCAGGACAGAACGAUGCCGGUGAAAUACACAGACAUCGAUUACCAGGUUUUCACCGAUGCCGCCGGAUACUUUGUGGAAGGGAAGUCCCCUUACCAGCGGGCCACGUACCGCUACACUCCCCUCCUGGCCUGGAUGUUAACCCCUAACAUUUACGUCAGCGACUUGUUUGGCAAGAUCCUUUUUGUGGCUGGGGAUCUGGUGGCUGCCUUCCUGAUCGACCAGAUCUUGCUCCUCCGUGGGCUGGACAGCCGGACGUCUUGUGGGUGCUGUGCCUUCUGGCUCUUUAACCCGCUUCCCAUGACGGUGUCCAGCCGAGGCAACGCCGAGUCGCUCGUUGUCAGCCUGGUCCUUGGCACACUCUAUUACCUGGCCAAGAAGCAUCUGGUGAAGGCGGCUGUGCUAUACGGCCUCGCCGUACAUGUGAAGAUCUACCCCGUGACUUACGCGCUGCCUUUUGUUCUCUACUUGCAAAGCAGCGCCGGAGCAGAACCGGACAAACGGAAAGGAGAGGGAGCUUGCCCAGGCCACCUCCGUCGGCUGUUUUCGAGCUGGUUCACGUGGGACAUCCUGAUCUUUGCCACCGUCUCCGGGGGCACCUUUGCCGCCCUAGGUCUUGCCUUCUAUGCCUACUACGGCUGGGAAUUCCUGCAGCACACCUACCUCUACCAUUUGCUCCGGAGGGACACCCGUCACAACUUCUCACCUUACUUCUACCUGCUGUAUUUGACGGCUGAAAGCCGCUGGAGUUGGGCGCUGGGGCUGGCUGCCUUCCUGCCUCAGCUGCUGCUACUUCUCGCUAUCUCCUUCGCCUACCACCGAGACCCGGCCUUCUGCUGCUUCUUGCACACGGCGGUUUUUGUGAGCUUUAACAAAGUCUGCACCUCCCAGUAUUUCUUGUGGUACCUGUCCCUUCUCCCGCUGGUGCUGCCUUUCCUGCAGAUGUCCUGGCGCCGGGGGGCAGUGUUGCUAUCGCUGUGGCUCCUGGGACAGGGUCUCUGGCUGCUCCCCGCUUACUUCCUGGAGUUUCAAGGGCAGAAUACGUUUCUGCUCCUCUGCCUGGCGGGAUUGGGGUUCCUCUCCAUCAACUGCACGAUCCUUGUUCAGAUGAUUUCUCACUACCGUCCAGAGCAGGCCUCCAGAAAAAGGAAGCAGCUCAAUUUGGAUCCCCUGACAGAGACUUAUGGAAUUCCAUUCUACUUGCAGUACUUGGCUCACUGGCCAGAAUAUUUUAUUGUGGCAGAAGCUCCUGGGGGAGAACUGAUGGGCUACAUCAUGGGCAAAGCUGAAGGAUCCGUGGCCAGGGAAGAGUGGCACGGCCACGUCACCGCGCUCUCGGUGGCCCCCGAGUUCCGCCGGUUGGGGCUGGCUGCCAAACUGAUGGAGCUGCUGGAAGAAAUCUCGGAGAGAAAGGGCGGAUUUUUCGUGGAUCUCUUUGUGAGGGUGUCAAAUCAGGUUGCGGUGAACAUGUACAAGCAACUGGGCUACAGCGUGUACAGGACGGUGUUAGAGUACUACUCGGCCAGCAGUGGGGAACCUGACGAAGAUGCUUACGACAUGAGGAAAGCUCUAUCAAGAGAUAAAGAGAAGAAAUCAAUUAUACCUUUACCGCAUCCUGUCCGGCCGGAAGAUAUUGAAUAAUACUGUGGGUUGCUGUAAAAUAUAUCGAGAAUAAAACCUGUAGAUACAUGAGAACAAUUAGGAUACCUCUAAUGCAACUUGGGAGUUUGGGAAGAAAAAGAGAGAGUAUAUGCAAAUAUGAAGACAUGUUUUUGCUUUUAGGCUGCGCUUCUAAACCUCGCAAUCCCUCAAAAGCCCAAAACAAACUUUUAACUUCCAUGUUUAUCACGAU